AUGCUGACCGCCGAGGACAAGAAGCUGAUCCAGCAGGUCUGGAGCAAGGUGCAGGGCCGCCAGGAGGAGUUUGGAGCCGAGGCCCUGGAGAGGAUGUUCGCCACCUACCCCCAGACCAAGACCUACUUCCCCCACUUCGACCUGUCCAAAGGCUCUGACCAGAUCCGUGGCCAUGGCAAGAAGGUGGCAACUGCCUUGGGCACUGCUGUCAAGAGCAUAGACAACCUGAGCCAGGCCCUGUCUGAGCUCAGCAACCUGCACGCCUACAACCUGCGUGUUGACCCUGUCAACUUCAAGCUUCUGGCGCAGAGUCUGCAGGUUGUGCUGGCCGUGCACAUAGGCAAGGAUUACAGUCCCGAGCUGCAUGCUGCUACCGACAAGUUCUUGUCGGCCGUGGCUGCUGUGCUGUCUGAGAAGUACAGAUGA